AUGUUUAACAUCAGUCUCACCAGCUCGCUUCCCAAACUCACAUCGUCACAUAGCUCAAAGAAAUUGGUGAACGAUGACCAAUUAAUAAAGUGUGAAGAUUCCUCCCUUGAUUUCCUCAUCAUUGGAUCUGAGCAUGGCAUGAUCUCUCUGGUUCUAUAUGGCAUUUUCAUCAUUGAGAACUUUCAGCUUCCCCAGCUGCAGGGCACAUACUCAACAUUCCUGGGCAUUUGCUCGUCCAAAAACCUCGUUUCCCAUUACAUUCUAACAGAAAAGGAAGAUGGCCUGUUCGUUAUCAAGCUGACAACUUCAUUCGUGGAAAUAUACGGUAAUUUACUUCCUCGUGUGUGUCUUGCUUGCUCCAAGCUUGUGGGUCUACUCACAUAUGUCAAGGAAUUGAUUGAUGAUCUGGCUUCCGAAUGCAAGCCUUUUGAAGAUUACACGGUGCGCAUAGUCGAUCUCUUGAAAAGCGAGAUCGAGUCUCUACCGGAAUCAAAAAAUACCACUGUCGACCCUAUUUAUGACCUUUACGAUCUUUUGUUGACUGGAGUCAUGACAGAGCCGACUAGGGCCUGGAUUAGUGACUAUUUGGGAGACCGAGGACUCAAAAGGUGGACAAAACUAGGUAAACAAUACUUUGAAAGCUCCAGAAAGAACCUUUUCUAUAAUUUGAUUCCUGCAUUGGAGCACAUGCUUGUAUAUCUCACGGAUUUACAUGGGCUUUCCAAUUGGAGAGAAAAUGAGGGCAAAUUAGGUCUUCAAAGCCAGCUUCUGGAUUUCGCUAUUGAGCUAACUUCAAAAUUACUCCGCCUGCUCUACCAAAACAUGUUGAGACUGAACGAGCAACAACAAUGUUUCGAAAGUUUUAUUCAAUGGCUCAAUGCAAUUCUGGUUGAAAUAACAUCGGACGAGAAGAGCAGUGACAUCAUCAAGACCAACGAAGUUAUCAAAUUCCUUACAACAGGUUUACAAAAAUCGACUAAUGACGAAUCAUCGCAAUUGUUCUUUGAUCUCAAGCACACAUGUGAGCAAUUCUUUGAUGCCAUCAAAAGCAAUAUGAAGACUAAAAUGGAUUCCGUGAUGGUUAGAAGAAUUGGAGACGUUGGUUGCGUCAACGCAAAACUCUCAAUACACAGCGAGGGCGAGAAGGAAUUUGGGCUUGUGAUAAUGCAACAAGAAAGAAAAGCUGCUGUUGUGAAGUUUGACUGCUCCACCUUAGAUCACUCGAUUUAUCCAUUCUCGGAUCUGCUUUUUGACAAGUCUGCAGAUAUUCAGGGAUCUUUUCUGAAUCCGAGUGAGUUAGUCAUUUUAGUGGUGUUCAAGGAUGACAUGAUCAAAAGUGAUCUUUUGGUCUUGGAUACCGGUGACAUUAUGAUUGGAGCUUCAUCUGAGCUAUCUCGCAAAGAUAUCAUGAAACACACGGAGUUCAGGGAGGAAUUUAUCCCGAAAUAUAUUGCUAUCAACCCGUUGCGAAGAAUCGGAUGCUUGCUUGAUUCAAACAAGAAAAGCUACAUCAUCGUAGAAAUCUAG